AUGGCUACAAAGUAUGAAUUACCCGAACAAGCUGACGCCAGCAUACUGAGCAAUUUUGGAGAGGAAGUAGAAAUGAAGACCUUUAAAACAAAUGUUCUCCCGACGUUAGAAUGUGAUAAAGAUCAAGCGUUGGUUAUAAAAAUUAUUUGCCUCGGGGGCUACAUGUUUGGAGUGGGAAGAAAAGGGGAGCUUAUCAAGGAUUAUCUGCAAGUCACACAACCUGCACGGAUCGGCUAUUAUCCGCCUCUUUUAAUCGGUUGCGACUUUCACGUAAAAACCAUAAAAUGUAAAAAGGGCGACGAUCACAAUCCUUCAAUUACCAUGAAACUACAAUUUUGGGAGAUGGCUGAAGGUGAGCGUAUAUUAUUAAUUAUUAAAAACUGAAUCAUUGGAUAAUGCAAUUCUAACAUUUUGAUUGGCUUAGCCGUUAUGGUAUAUGAGCUAUUAUACCAUGCUCUCCAUAUAUGGUCGGUGUACGCGUCAGUUUAAAAUUGGAAGCUAACUGAGACUUUUUUUCGCGAAGGAUAGAAUGGCCAUUACGGAACGGCGCCUGUAGAUCCGUGUCGCCCGCAAAAUCGCGGGUCCCAUGACUAUUUGCGCGCUCACAAAAGGAGCCGACGCAUGUCGCGUCCUUUGAUUCAAGACUCAAGUGUUAGGGUAUUGUCUCCACGAUACAAAGAGAAUUUAACUUAAGAAAAUCUAUAGAUCGAAUCUUUCGCGCUACUCUCUGUUUUAUAAGGAAAUGCAAACGCUCAACUUGAUAAAUAUUUUGACUUCAUAACAUAUUUUAACGAUUUAGGCGAGCAGAAUGUAUAGAAUUCCAGGAAAACAAUUCAGGAAGCCGAACGGUUUUGAACUGCGCUAGACGUUAUUUUUAUCAGUAUGCAAAUCACCUACCCAAUCACUUACUUUCCAUCGAAUUGAAAUAUCCUGACUUUUUUUUACCACUUUUCGAUUUGAUUCGUUUCAUUUUAUAUUAUUUUGUGUAAGCUGAGCUCUUUCAUGCGAAUUUACGCUUUCAAAAGGAAAAAAACUUCGAGGAAACGUUGUGUUUACAACCACGGCAAUUUGUAUCUAUUUCGCUUCACUUACGCUUAUAUGCAAAUUACUGUUCAUCCGUCGGAUUUCGCUGGAGACAAAAAUAUCGAUUUUGAAUUCCCAAAUGCUUCCCUUUUGGGGCACCCCUUUUAUUUUGGCUAUCAAGAUUUUAAAAGCUAAGGUUUAGACUUUUCAUUCCAACGUUUUAAUGCGGGAAAGCUGGGAGAAAUGCUCCAACUGAUUUAAGUCACGCAACACGCUUUAAGACCGAAUAACUUGAUCUUUCUGUUAUCUUUUGUUCUUCUAUUGUCUCCAAAACAAUAACGAUGUUUUACCAAUUUCCACCUACAAAUAAUAGGACACAUUUGAUUGACAGAAAAAUUUGCAUUUACUAGCGACGCGUAUCUACAGGCGCGAUUCCGUAAUGGUCCGAAGCAAAUCGUUUUAAUUCAUUUCUUAGAAUACUAGAAAUGCAAUUUCAUCGAAAGAAAAAAGACGAAAACAAACAAAAAAGCCACAAGAACACAAGUUUGUCGAAAAACACAUGAAAACACAUGGAACUAAAGUACCUUGACCGGGUACGAAAGAAGACAAGUGUUGUUUCUUCAUGAUUGCGAAGCCAUUCGCCGAGCGAGUCACUCGCCGAUAGAUAACUGCGGCUUGUUUAUCCGACAUCAAGAAUAUAAAUCACAAAUAACCAGCUACAAAUACAGGCUAUGCAGCCAUUCACUAGAGCAAUCGAGGCGGCAGUAUAGCUUCUUUUCUCGUUCAGCAAAACCAGCUUGUGGCUUCAAACAACUUCAUAACAAGCGACCGAGGUAAUAAAGUUUUUCUCCGUUGUUCUUACUUUUAUAACUGCACCGAAAAUCCAAAUUCACAGUAAUUUCGACGGCUGCCACUUAAAAAUUCUUUUCCUUCACAUUAUUUGCCAGGUUUUUUAGCUGUUCUGCUGUGUAAAAUCCUAGAAUCCCGAUGAGUUUUUAAAAAACUAAUGUUCAUCGCUACAAUGUUUUGAUUUUUCAUUAAUGCAAUCCGGGCGAGUCCGUUCGCGCGUUGACAGUUUUGAUAGACGUGUCACAUGUGAGUAGCGGAAGCCCCUUGUCUUUUCCGGUUUGUUCUAGUCGAGGAGAUUCAACGAGAUUUUGUGGGCGUUUUUAAUAAAACAAUUAUUCCACUCGCGCUUGUUGGAUAUGAGGUGAUUAUAGCCAACUCGGCGCUACGCGCCUCGUUGGCUAUCUAUCAUCCCAUAUCCAACGCGCCCUCGUGAAAUAAUUGUUAAAUAUAUGUUGUAGGA